AUGAGGGAGCUGAACUCUGUCCAGUGCGUCUCCGGUUCCAGCUGCGACAUGAGGGCCAAAGCCUCGGACAUGCACAGCAAGGACUGUGUCAAAGUGGCUGUCAGAGUGCGGCCGUUCAACAAGAGAGAGAGGGAUGCAGGCAGCCGUUGUAUCAUCUCUCUAGUGUCGACCUCCAUUAGUAUCCAGGAUCCACGCGACUGCCACAACCGGCGGUCCUUCUGCUUCGAUUAUGCGUACUGGUCCCACAGCGGCUUCACGAGAGACCAGACUGGUCUCUUUGUCCCUAAAGAACUGGGGGGCCGAUACGCUGACCAGCACAGCGUGUUCCAGGACCUCGGAGUGGGAAUACUGGAGAACGCGCUUCAGGGUUACAACGCCACGCUCCUAGCAUACGGACAGACCGGAUCAGGGAAGAGUUACUCGAUGGUGGGCUACGGGCCCAAUAAAGGCCUGGUUCCUAAGCUGUGUGACCGGCUGUUUGAGGCGAUCAGAGAACACCAAGAAAACAGACAAUGUCAGGUCUUUUUCAGUAUGUUGGAAAUCUAUAAUGAGCAGGUGGUCGACCUUUUGUCUCGGGGGUCUCGGUCUGCAGCUGGACUUAGAGUGAGAGAGGAGCUGCAAAGAGGCUUUUAUGUUGAGGGUCUCCGUAAAAUCCCCUGUGAGAAUGCUCUGCAGGUGGAGCAGCUGAUGGAGCAGGGAACCAGGACUCGAACCACCGCUGCCACUCAAAUGAACGCCAACAGCAGCCGCUCACACAUGCUCAUUAUCCUGCAGCUCAAACAGAUCUUCUCUAAAGAGAGCAUCACGAAGCAGUCCAACAUCAACCUGGUGGACCUGGCUGGCAGCGAGCGCCAGAGGUCUUCAGGCUCUGAAGCUGACAGACUCAAAGAGGGAACAGCCAUAAACCUGAGCCUCACCACGCUGGGCAAUGUCAUCAGCGCCCUGGCAGAUAUUGCAGUGGGGAAGAAGGUGGUUCAUAUUCCCUACAGAGACUCGGUUCUCACCAAGCUGCUGCAGUCUGCGCUGGGAGGAAACAGUCGCACCGUCAUGAUUGCCACUCUGAGUCCAGCAGAUAUCUGCUAUGAGGAGUCUCUCUCCACCCUGCGCUACGCUGAAAGGGCAAAACGAAUCCAAAACAGGGCAGUGGUGAAUGAGAGCCCCACUGAACGCCUUGUUAAAGAGUUAAAGGCUGAAAAUGCCCGACUGCUGCAGAAACUGAGCCGGAUGGACCAGGAGGGGCGCAGAGCCACAGAUGAGUCCAAGGAACUUCGUCAGCUGUUGACCCAGAAUGAGCUCCAGAUCAGAGCCAUUCAGACUCUGUGGGAACAACACCUGCAGGAGGCGCUCAAAGACUGGGAGCAGCAGUAUGCCAACAUCACACAGGAGAGGAGGAUGAUGCAGAUGUAUCCUUACAUCCUGAACAUCAACGAGGACGCUCAGCUGUCAGGGGUGGUGAAGCUUUUCAUCCAGGAGGGCGAGUGGGGCAUCGGACUCUGUGACUCUGCCCCUAGAUCCAUUUCUAUCAAGGGCUUAGGUAUCCAGGAGCAUCAUGCGGUGUUCAGGAAUGAACAGCGGCGUGUAACACUGACUCCACUGACGGGGUCAAAGGUUAUUGUUAAUGGGAACGCCGUGUACGAGACAGCAGAGCUGCAACACCUGGAUCGUCUCAUUCUGGGCUCGAAUUGUACCUACCUGUUCGUUGGUUAUCCAUCUGAGAGGGGCGGGGAAGACUGGGGUCGCUACGACUAUGAUUACUUCCAGUCGGAGCUGGCUGCUGCUGAGGGCAUCCACCUGAGUGAGUCCAGCACCGGCUGUAGCCAGACAGAUCCCAGUCUGUUAGCGGUCUUCUACGACUACAUUCAGCUGAUGCCCAUGGUGGCCGAGGCCAACCAGAUGAGUCAGGAACUGAGCAAGGGAGUUGAGUUUAAGCUGGAAAUCAAAAAUCUGGCCCUGUCGGAUUCUCGAGGUCACGAUCUGCAGAAAGACACUGUUGUCAGAGUGACCUCUGCAGGAAGCAAACAGGUCUGGAUGUGGUCCAAAGCCAAGUUUGUCAACCGCAAGUUUUUGAUGGAGGAGGUCUACCAGCAGUUCAAGGCUGCACAACACGAAGACAAUAGAGUGGAGUGCCUCCCAGCUGUAGUGUUACCGAGAGAUAAAGACCCUUUCUGGGAUCCAGUUGAGCCUCUGCUCCUGGGAACUGCUCACCUCUGGCUGCAGUCUUUGGCCUUCCGCAUCCCUCUGGAGGAGCAGCUGGAGGUGUUGGGCUCAGAGGGGACAGAGGAGGCCAUCCUACAAGCUCAGCUCAUCCCCUGCACUUCCACUGGACUUCCACUGGGGGAGGACGACAUCCUGAUUGACCCGUCUGAAGUACUGGGUCGACGAUUGGACUUCCAGCUGGUCCUGGAUCAGUGCUGUGGGGUUCGUUGGAUUAGGGAAGCCCGCAAUCGAGGGAUACAAAUUGGAUUCAGGGUAUUUGACUGCGGCGAGCUGCUUUACACUCCAGCUGUGUGGCACAACAUCAAUCCUCUGUUGGAUCACCGGGUCCAGUUCACCUCCCUCCAAACAUCCCAACGGCUGCUGGACUACUUGCAAAGCAGUGCUGUGGUGUUGGAGCUCUGGGGUCUUCAGGAGGGUUGCAGUGUUUUGAGUUCAUCUCUUGGAGCUGUGAGAAUGACUGCAGAGGGCAGCUUUAUCAUCGACAUGCUGGAUCCACAAGCUACACUAUCGGACUCUGCUGAGCUUAGCUGUUCAGUCAGAGCUCUUCAACAGGACUUAGAGAAACUGAAGAGUCUCAACGAGUCAUUAAGGAAAGAAAAUCACAGUCUGAGAGAACAGCUCAACACAGUCAAGAACGGCGGAGACGGCGUUCGUGGUCGGUCGCUACGUCCCAGCUGUGAUGCAGAGUUCGCACGCGCCCUGAAAGUUUUCUACCACAGCAUGACCUCUGUUAGGGGUCAGCUGCAGCGCUUGCGCAGACACAGACCCAGUGAGGAGUCGGACCUGCUGGGACUCAGACUGUUUGUGGACGAGCAGAGUCGUCUGCUGAGGGACUUCUCUGAGCAGCUGGAGGACAGCGUCUCCACACUCAAACAAGACAUAGCGGCCAUUGUACGCCGCAAAAGAGAACGCUCGGGCAUCUGGUCUUAACUCAGUGUUUGUUGA